UUUCGCUUUAAAAGGUUAAACGGUGCCGCAUUUGAUGCAAAUGUUAGCGAAAAACCCUGUCGCACAAAAAGGCCCUUUCCGAAAAGGCUUAACGCAAAACGUCAGUUUUCAAAAAAACGAACGCACUUCAAAUCAAAGUGCAAACAACAAAGAGAUUGCUUGCCAAAACAGAGACACUUUUGCGGCCUGACCAGCGAAUUAACGCCAUCAUCUGAACGAUAAUAUGUGUUUUGUGUGCCGAAACGAUGCAUUAACGCAUCCAGUGCAAGUGGAGGGAAAAAGGUUUCGCGAAAAUUAGCGCUCAAACACGCCCAAACAGUCAGCUGCAAAGCGUCGAACCGUGGCGCUCGAUCUCCUAACCUCACAACGGCAACGACUAGCGGUUGACGCAAUCUCGGCUGUCCGAAGUAAGCGGUUGCGCCGAUUUCCAUUUAUUGCAAUUCGGAAUAUCACCAAAAACAUAUCGCAGUGAAGGUCUGCUUCAUACGGAUAUUUUACAAACUGUGCUUGAAAGAACAAAAAGCUGUGCCCGUUAAGGAAUAGCACACGGAUUAUCGAACGCGUGAGAGUGUGAAAGAGAGACAGCGUGUGGGAAAAGGACAAAGGGAACCGGUGACUUGAUGUGAACAAAAACAGUGGGGUGGGAUUUGUGUUUGGGGUGGUAAGAUCGGUAGUGGGUUGUGGCUAAAGGAACCGGUUAAACAUGAAGUCUCCGCUGCCGUUGCCCGAACUAUUUGAAGAGGAUGAAUUUUCGUUCUCCUUUAAGAAGCCACGCGGACUGCACGAUGCGUUCAGCAGACGACGACCGCCGAAGCUCAUGCAGCCGCUGAAUCGCAGCAUUAAUGCUUCGAUGGCGAACGUAAUCUCGUUCCGGCUCGAUGACAGCCGGGCCGAGCUGAGCGCACUGUACAACCGACACAAACCGGAAACGUACUACGAGCAGUGCUUCGAGCAACUGACCAAGGUGGGCGAAGGUUCGUUCGGGGAGGUGUUCAAGGUGCGCAGCCGCACGGACGGUCGGCUGUACGCGGUGAAAAAGUCGAAAACCUACUUCCGCAGCUCGCAGUGCCGCCAGCUGUGCCUGGAGGAGGUGCGCCGGUACGAGCAGUUCUCCGACCACGAGAACUGCGUCAAGCUGUACCAGGCGUGGGAGCAGGAUGAUCGGCUGUACAUGCAGAUGGAGCUGUGUCGCGAAAAUCUGGAGGUGUACGCACGCGAGCAGCAGCAGCUGCCGGACGAACGCAUCUGGUCGAUACUGCUCGAUCUGCUGCUGGCGCUUAAAAGCCUGCACGAUCGCAACCUCAUCCAUCUGGACAUUAAGCUGGACAACAUUCUCGUGACGGACGACGGAACCUGCAAGCUGGCCGACUUCGGGAUCGUGUUCGAUCUGACGAAGAGCAAUCCGCGGUACGCCACCGAGGGUGAUUCGCGCUACAUGGCACCGGAGCUGAUGGAGGGCACGUACACGAAGGCGGCCGACAUCUUUAGCCUCGGCAUAGCGACACUCGAGCUGGCCUGCAAUCUCGAGCUGCCACCGAACGGGCGAAUGUGGCAGCGUUUGCGCAACGGGCAGCCCCUGCCCGAGCUGUUGGCGCGCAAGGUUUCUCCCACGCUGAAGGACAUCAUCCACAGCAUGAUGCGCCCGGUGCCGACCGAGCGACCCACCGUCGACGUGCUACUGAAGCAUCCGAUGCUUCAAAAGCUGUACGAAGCGCGAAGGCGAAGGCGAAUCUUCGAGCGUACCGGGUCCUACCUCUGCCGGAAGCUUUCCAGCCUGGCGCGAUUCGUGCUCGUUGCGGUAAUGUGGCUGGUAGCGUGCUUUCGACUACAGCACCGGAAAGAUUCUCCCGACGCGAAGGUGGAAAGGGGACAGCAGAAGGCGGCGAACAAAACGGCGAGAAGCUGCAACGGUUCGAAUCUGUCCGUUGGCAGCUGUUCCCGGACGGGUAUCGCAUUCGGUGCGUCACGAUCGUUCCAGGAGCACUGUUCCAGCCUGCUGGCGGAUGAUGACAAUGAGAUGGAUUUUAGCGGCACCGGGUUCGAUAGUAGCGCAUGCACGGCCGCUGGUGACGACUGCGAUCGUACGGCCGGUACGCAGGAUGGUGGCGGCACGGACAAGGACAGUGUGCAAAUUACUCCGACGCUCAACAACUCCAUGCCACCGACCCGCACACCGACGGUACGGAUCGUUAACUCGACGCCCCUCAACCACCACCACCACCACAACGACCAUCUGCACAGGCACCAUCUACAGUUUCAGCAGACGCAGCAGAGCCAUUCCGGUUCGCGGCACGCAAGCCGUGUCUUCUGUUCCCCGUUGCGCAUUUUGUGGUUUGAGGACGAUGCGGACGAUCUGUCGAUAUUGAACGAUUCGCGCCGCAACCUGAAGGCGUCCUUCUCCAACUCACCCACCGCCGCAUCAUCGCUAAACGAUAGUGACAACGAUUUCCGUCCCCUCGGCUCACUGUCACAGGAUUUGGACGCAUCGGGCGGUGGAAAGGGCGAUGGAGAAGAAGCACCAGCGCCGGCGGGAAAAAACGGCACAACGCCGGCACAUUCGUCGUUGUCGUCCCUGGCCGUUGGCGAACAAUCGAUUACGAGCACUCCGAACAGUUCCUUAUUCAAAGCGCUAAGAACGAACGUUAGCGUAGCGAACGGUGUGACUGCAUCAGCAGGCUGUGAUACUCCGCUGUCCACUGGGCAUUCGUCGUUUCUGAUUAAGAAAAAGCUUCGAUUCAACGCCGAAGAUGAGGAUUCCGACUGAGAAGCGUUGUACGGCAGUGUACGGUGUACAGGUACGACCAGGGAGGCCGGAGUCAACGAGUAGAAGUAGGCAAAGUAAGGUAAGCACUCAACACACUUUGAAAAGGAAGCAACACUCACCCGGUCACUGUCUCUUUCUCUCUUUCCAGUGUGUGAAUUGGAUAACAUCCAACAUGCAAGCUAACCGUAUCUAAUCAUGAACAGAUCUCAGUGCAUUAGUGACAAAAAAACGGUGGACGGAAAACGAACCGUCGCUAACAUUCAUUCGCUCUCUUUUGCGCUGCGGCUUCCGCACAUUUCAUCAGUUCCAGGUUCGAGUCAUACGGAGGAAA